AACAAGAAUGUGGCUCCUGCAGCUGAGGGUCCUGGGGGUUGUCGGGGCUGCUCAAGGCAGAGGGGCUGUGACAAGCAGGCUGGACUGAUAACUUUAAAAGGGCAUCUUCUGCUGCUUCCUCACUCAGCUGCUUUAUCACUGCAAGUGACAGAAUGGGGAGGGUUCCGUCCCUCUCCCGGACGAGCUCCCAGAGAGCCAGGGGGCUAUAAAAAGAGGAGGCUCAGGGCAGCUGGGAGACAGAGACGGACAAAGGCCAACAGUGAAAGGCCAAAGAGGACAGAGAGGAGGCAGCAAGCACCAGACCGACCAUUCCUUGACCGACGCCAGCAUGGGCUCCUCCACCAUCACCGCGAGCUUCCUCCUCUUUCUGGCAUUUCAGCUCCCAGGGCAAACAGGAGCAAAUCCCGUGUAUGGCUCUGUGUCCAAUGCAGACCUGAUGGAUUUCAAGAAUUUGCUGGACCGUUUGGAGGACAAGAUGCCUUUAGAAGAUGACGCUGUGCCCUCACAAGUACUAAGUGAGCAGAAUGAAGAAGCUGGGGCCCCUCUCAGCCCCCUUUCAGAGGUGCCUCCCUGGAUGGGGGAGGUCAACCCAGCCCAGAGAGAGGGGGGUGCCCUCGGGCGGGGCCCCUGGGAAUCCUCUGAUAGAUCUGCCCUCCUGAAGAGCAAGCUGAGGGCACUGCUCACUGCCCCUCGGAGCCUGCGGAGGUCCAGCUGCUUCGGGGGAAGGAUGGACAGGAUUGGAGCCCAGAGUGGAUUGGGCUGCAACAGCUUCCGGUAUCGAAGAUAAUGGCCAGGGAGGAAAAGGCAGGCCAGGCCCCGGGCAGUCUUCAAGAGAAUCCCCUGGGGUCUCUCACUCAACUUUGUCGCAUCUGGUUGCCAUCAAGUUGAGCUGUGACGAGCAUUCUAUUCAAGC